AUGACACGCUUCGUGAUGAAGAUCCACGCGUUUGUUCGGAGUAGUUCAUCAGAAGUUUUGAAGGACAACUCUACGAGACCAACGUUCCAUCAAUUCGUAUACUUCCUCUUUGCUCCCACGCUGAUCUACCGCAACGAGUACCCAAGAACCGCAACCAUCCGUUGGCGAGUCGUCCUCAACCAUGCCCUGGAAGUGACCAUCCUGCUGUACAUGUGCUACAUCUUCAGCGGAACCUCAGCUCUGUUCAACCAAUUCGGAGUCGUCCCAAUAUCAACCGGAACCGUGCUCCACAACGAGUUCCUGAGCAGUCUGCCAACCAGUGUCUUCUUCCUGUGCGGCCUCUACGCCCUGAUGCACUCCUGGCUCAACGCCUGGGCAGAAGUUCUCAGAUUUGCGGACCGCCUCUUCUACCGCGACUGGUGGAACGUAACUUCGUUUGCCGGGUUUGUGCGCAGUCAAAACGUUGUCGUGCACAACUUCCUGUACACCUACGUGUACAAGGACUUUUACGACCAUGUGCUGCGUAACAGAAGAGCAGCAUCCAUCGUGGCGUUCGCCGUGUCUGGGCUGGUCCACGAACUGUUGCUGGCAGUGGCCUUCCGGUUCUUCUACCCGAUCAUGCUGGGACAGUUUGUGGUAAUGGGACUGCUGACGGCCAACGUCAAUCUUGGGAACGUGUUUUUCCUGGCGUCGCUUGCGUUUACAAAUGGCGUUGAGAUUAGUUUGUACAGUUUGGAGUACUACGCCAGGAGGAAUUGUUUGGGGGUUGUGGAUAGUGUGGGGCGGUGGUCACUGGAGGGUCUAGUCCCGGUUUCAUGGACCUGCGGCGCCGUCAGUUCGUUUGAUGGCAAUUGGACCGUUAAAGCUCCGUGGAGUUGA